UUCACUUUUGUGGUUCAGAUAUUUGCAUUUCUCCAACUCGUCAAUCACAUCCUUAUACAUAUUUUGUGAUCAUCAAUUUCUUGAAUACCAAGAAUUUACACUAGCUAUUAUCAUCAUAUCCAUGGAUAGAUCAGAAGGGUAUCCAGAAGUAGAUGCUAGAGAACUCGAUCAGCCAUCAAACUCCGGCGCAUCAUUUCUGGCCACCAAGAAUGAUAUGUCACUACUGGAAAGCGGUCUACUUCGAAGAAACUACAGUGACGUGGGUGAAAGCUACUACAAAUUCCAAUCAAACGUUGGUAUGUCUUCAGUUGAUGCAAGGUUGUUGGCUCUUAUAGCGUUCUUCAAGGAGCUUUACUUCCGGAGGCCGGAGAUGUUCAAGAAAAUAUUUCCAAAGCAUUCUCAUCCUGAUCAGUUUCUGGUCGAGAUGCCAAAGAAAUUGAAAUUGGUUUUAUCUCAAGUCAAAUCAGAUGAGACAACCAGGGUUCGAGCGAUGCAAAGGAGCUUGAGCAUCGGAUCACCGCGUGAAUUAAAAGGAGAUGAGUCGGAAAUUAUGCUCGAGCGUUUCAAGAUCAGAACUAUUGAUUUAGAUGAUGAUGAUGUUAAACAAGAUAAAAUCAAGUCCGGUGGCUCAAAAUGAACAGCUAGCAAGAAACAACAUGUCAAUAGUCAAUACAUGUUUUGUAGAAUAUUUUGGAUUGUUUGAUAGGGAAAAGAUAUCAAAAACAAAAAGCCAAAAUGGACUUUUGUGUGUAUUUGGAUGCAUUUUUUUAUUUCAAUUUUGGCAUAAAAUAUUUAUUUAUUUAUUUUCCAUUACUGUAGUUGGUUACUUGAUGUGUAU